AUUUUCUAUGAAACGUUCAUAAAGCAAUACGUGUGUAGCACUCAAACGUGUUAACGAAGCACAUGCGGCAGCAACAUUGGUUCCGCCCUGUGUUUUUGUCCGAGCAGUUUUGACGUUACGCCACGAUGUCCAUGCUAGAAUGAUAGUUUAGUCUGUGACCGCUGCGAUGAAAAUGUGUCAUUCAUGAUUUUAACACUCCUCUCCACAUUGCCAAUAAGGGGUUUGGGGACACUGUAAACAAAGCCAUGGCUCGGGUUGUGAAAGUGUUUCGGACUCUGCGGAAUCACUGGAAGAAGACAACCUUUGCUGUGUGCGUGCUGUCUUACGGGAGCCACUGGCUGUAUGGUAAACACUGUGAUAAUGUUCUGCGGAGAGAGGCUUGCCUAGUGGCCAGGGAAUUUGGGCGUCAACAGAUAGCACCACAGGAGGCCCUGAGGAAAGCAACAGUGAUCUUGAACCCUGCAGCCUGCAGUGGGAAAGCCAACAACCUGUUUGAAAAGAAUGCUGCUCCUAUUUUACACCUGGCUGGUAUAGAGGUUACAAUAGUAAAGACAGAUUAUGAAGGCCAGGCAAAAAAACUGAUGGAGCUCAUGGAGCAGACAGACAUGCUGAUUGUGGCCGGAGGGGAUGGCACCUUGCAGGAAGUCGUCACAGGUUUACUGCGAAGGCCAGAUCAAGACAAACUCAGUAACAUACCAAUUGGAUUCAUUCCACUGGGCUCGCACAAUUCCCUGAGUCCAAGUCUUCACCUUCUCAGUGACAACAAAGUCAAAGACAUUACAUCAGCAACACUGUCCAUUCUGAAGGGAGAAACCGUACCUCUGGACGUGCUACAAAUCAAGGGGGAGAAAGAGCAGCCAGUCUUUGCUCUGAUGGGACUACGUUGGGGUGCGUUUAGAGAUGUGGCGGCAACAAUCAGCAAAUAUUGGUACCUUGGACCAUUGAAAACAAAUGCAGCACAUUGGUUUAGAACUCUACGGGAGUGGCCUCUGGUCCGGGAGGUCUCAGUCUCUUACUCGGCUCCCAGCCUCCGGCCCCCUGACCUGCCCACUCAGAAGGCUCCGAGGCCCAACUUGCUCUACCGCAUCGCCCGCAGACUAAAAAACUACUGGAACCCUCCUGUUGAAGAGCCCCCAAAAGUAGAAGAGCCAGAGGAGUGGAAGGAGCAGCAGCUGUCGACGAUAGAGCUGCUUGUCCAAACACACAACAAAAACCCUGUGGAGAGGCGUGUAACUGACUCCCUGAUGAUCUGUGCAGAACCAGACGACUUCACUGUGGGCGAGUUCAUCACUGUCGGGACUAAAAAAGAAGAGGACCCCACUGUGUUCACUAAAGCCUCCACAAAACUGGAAGCCAGUGCUUGCCGACUGCAGCUGCCAGAGGAUGCCGGUGGCUUCUACAACAUCGACAACGAGGAGUAUGAGGCCAUGCCUGUGGAGAUAAGGCUGUUGCCAAGGAAACUACGCUUCUUCAUCAGUGCAGAACGCAGACAGCAGCUCCUCUCACAGAUGCAGUGAGGGUGGGGAAAAAAAAAAAACAUUAAUCCAGAAAGAAGACAGAAACUGAAGUGGAGAGAGAGACAAAGACAGAGAAGCAGUUGCCAUGAAACUCUGAGCUCAUUUUGUAAACACAUGUCUGCUUUCCCCGCAGUUUAAAAUGAUCCUGAAAUACUAUCAGUUUGAACAGCUUGUGUUACUACAUGUAAACAUUACUUUUAACAGAAGGAGGGUUGUAUUACAUGUCUUUGUGUGUCAAAGGACCAAGCUUUUUGUUUUCUUUAGCCAGUAACUCAUGUACAGGUUGUCUUAAAAAUUCCCUUUUAUGUUUACUGAAAGGUUUACUAUCGGCAUCACAUUUGAACUUGGUCAAUAAAAAUAAUAUUCAUACAAUCUAA